UAACAAGGUACCAGGUACUGUAUCUCACAUGGACACCAACGCAACAGUUGGUCAAAAACCAUCCUCUCCAUCCGCAGUCACACACCACACAACCGACGACGAAUCCACAGAAAAAGCCAGAAAAAUACGAAAAGUGAAAAAUCAGAAAGCAAUACCGUACGAUACGGUAUUUCUGGCAAUUUGGGAAUCCUUCCUCGCUUCGACCAGCAAGGAACAAACGGACCAUCGCAGCAGCAACAGAAACAACAAAAACAACAAAAAGCACUCGAGUACGGCUCGACCCACGACAGACCAGACCAGACCAGACACGCACUUGCCAUGGCGGGGCUCGGACGGAGAACCCACUAUCGAAAGCACCUCACGGACUCGGUUCUGUACGACCUCCCGGAACCGAAGGACAACGAGCGGAUCGCCAAGGUCGUCGCUACCCGGGGGGGGAACCAGUUCGACAUCGUCCUCGCGUCGCCGCCUGGUUCCGACGUCGGAAGCGCCAGGGCGGGGCUCGCCAUCCUCCCCACCAGGUUCCACAAGCUCGUGUGGGUGAAACGAAACGACUACGUGAUCGUCCAGACGGGAAUCGAGGCGGACGACGGGGAGCCCCCGGAAAACACCGGCCACGGGGGCGAAACCACGGCUCCCGCUUCCGGCGAAACCAGCGAGACCGCGAACCCAAGCGAAACCGGGAUCCGCUUCAUCAUUGCCCACAUUCUCUACAAGGACCAGGUCAAGCACCUGGUGGCGAAGGGCUUCUGGCCCGAGAACGACCCCGAGUUUCCGGGGGGCGGGGGGGAGGCCCCCACGGAUCCUUGCGGCGGGGGGACCGGACCGGACGGAAGCGGGGGGGACCCCUGCGACGGGAUCGUCUACGCGGACCAAUACUACGACUCGGACGGGGACGACGACCUCUUUGUCAACACGAACCGGAUCGCCCGCCUCGAGAUUCGGGACUCGGACAGCGAGGAAGACUCGAGCGACGAGGACGGCGACGAGUAGUAGAAAGAGGCGCCAGCGAGCGAGCGAGUCUGGAUCCCCGCGCCCCUCCCGAGGCGGACCCCUUGAGCGCCACGCCGCGGGAACCCGCUUCGGGGGAAGGACCCCCGGGGGCGGGCGGGCCAAUCCAUCGCCGUGCCGUGCCGAUGCGAGAGAGCUAAUCACCCAC